AUGCGUUCUAUGACGUGAUCACGGUGGGGGCUCCAGCGGCCCACUUCCAGGGCUUUAARGGCGGAGGGCUACAGCGGCUACUGAGCAGACAUGAGGCAGAGAAGAAGAGUUUCAGCACAGCAUACCAGUGCAUCUACUACUCCCCAGAGCACACAGCCAAGGCCCAGGAGGUGUUGCACAGUGUGGGCCAUCUCCAACCUCUCAUCUCGGGCCUGGCAGACCAGCUGCUCCAGGCCGCCCAGCAGCACUCCAUGGCUGGGCUGAGGGAGGCACUCAAGACCCUGGCUGGAAAGAGGGUGCACGAUUUCCUCUCUAGCCCUCCUCACCUGCAGGAGAGUAGAGAGAGACCAGGUGCUGAUGUUGUGUUUGUCUCCUCUAGGACAGGGUUGGGCGACGUGGCGAAGAGCCUCAACUGUGUCAUCGCCAUGGUGGACAAGCUCCAGGAGCAGGAACCAAUCAACAACACCAGGAACCACCAUAUCCCUAAGCAGGUCCUGGCUGAUGUCAUCACCUCCCACAACCCUGAAGGGGAUUGGCGGGAGCAGCUCUGCCCCCUGGUGGUGAGGUUGAAGGAGUGCGUCGCGGAGGUGGUGGUGCGGGCCAGGAGGGCCAUGACCUUCGUCCUGCUGCAGGAGGCGGCCUGCAGCAUCCCCCAGGGACUGUUCCUCAAGCAGAGGAGGGAUGUGGUCUUCAGCCAGGCGCUAGCUGCGUUGGCGUGUGGUUUUGUCAUGAGGCUGUACGCGGGGAUGGAGGAUAAGGGCUUCCUCAGGCAGCUCCACCUAGUGGGCCUGGUGGCACAGUUCGAAAGUCUGCUAAGCACCUACAGUGAGGAGAUUGGCAUGCUGGAGGACAUGGAGGUGGGCAUCUCAGACCUGCACCGGGUGGCCUUCAGAUCACCCAGGCCAAGACAGACGACCCUUGUGACCUGCAACCUGUAGUCAUCGGCAGGCGCGACCAUUAUACUGUAGAAGUGCCAUUACCGCGGCUGGUCUUCCAGACGUUACCCCAUGAGAUCAAAGAGGGCAAGGCGUUGCAGGUUUACCCGGUGCUCUUCAACGUGGGAAUCAAUGAACAGCAGACAAUAGCAGACAGGUACCGGAACACUUUGCUCUUUUACGGGCYAAUCAUAUCUUCCACUUUAGUUCCAAAUGUUCACUUAUUCUCCCAUUUGACAUCAGUUCAUGAUUAAGUGCCAUUUUGACUGAAGUAGAAGUUCAGUCAACCAGCCUUUACUGAUCCCUUAGUUUCUUCGGUUACACACUAUGGGAGAAAAAACAUUUGUUUUGGAUGAGAUGAUGUUGUCUAUAGAGUCA